GAUUAAAAUAGAAACAUUCUAUGGCUUGGAUGACUUACGUUUCACAUUGGUUUGAGCAAGAUGAUUGGUAUGAAGGACUACAAAGAGCAAACAUGUCCCAGGUAAGGCAAGUGGGAUUGCUGGCUGCCGGAUGUCAGCCAUGGAACAAAGAUGUAUGUGCUGCCAGUGGAGACAGGUUUGCGUAUUGUGCAACGCUGGCCAUCUACAUCUACCAGUUGGAUCACCGUUAUAAUGAAUUCAAACUUCAUUCAAUUAUGUCUGAACAUAAAAAAACAAUCACAGCCAUCUCUUGGUGUCCACAUAACCCCGAUCUGUUUGCAAGUGGCAGUACCGAUAAUUUAUUGAUCAUUUGGAAUGUUGCAGAACAAAAAGCCAUUGCUAAACUCGACAGUGCAAAAGGGAUGCCUGCCUCUCUCUGCUGGUGCUGGAAUGCAGAUGAUGCUGUGGCGUUUGCUUCCCAUCGAGGUCCACUGUUCAUCUGGACCAUCUCAGGACCAGACAAUGGAGUGACUGUGCACAGAGAAGCUCAGAACUUCUUGUCUGAUAUCUGCAUAUUCAGAUGGCAUGCCCAAAAAAAGGGGAAAGUUGUAUUUGGUCAUAUUGAUGGAAGUCUUUCCAUUUUUCAGCCAGGUAAUAAAAAUCAGAAACAUGUUCUGAGACCUGAAUCUCUUGAGGGGACAGAUGAAGAGGAUCCAGUUACAGCUCUGGAAUGGGACCCUCUGUCUACUGACUAUCUUCUUGUGGCUAAUAUGCACCAUGGAAUUCGACUAGUUGAUUCUGAAUCACUUUAUUGCAUAACAACAUUUAAUUUUCCAAGUGCAGCAGCUUCUGUACAAUGCUUAGCUUGGGUUCCCAGUGCUCCUGGCAUGUUUAUAACUGGAGACUCUCAAGUGGGUGUUUUGCGCAUUUGGAAUGUUUCCAGAACAACGCCUAUUGAUAAUUUUAAAUUGAAGAAGACAGGAUUUCACUGCUUACAUGUACUUAAUUCUCCUCCAAGGAAAAAGUUUUUAAUCCAGUCUCCAAACAAAAAUCAUUAUACAUCCUCCACAAGCGAAGCAGUUCCGCCCCCAGGCCUGACACAGAAUCAAGCAUUUUCACUACCUCCUGGUCAUGCUGUGUGCUGUUUCCUGGAUGGUGGAGUUGGACUUUAUGACUUGGGAGCCAGGAAGUGGGAUUUUCUCAGGGACUUGGGCCACGUGGAAACUAUCUUUGACUGCAAAUUCAAACCUGAUGAUCCAAAUCUUUUAGCAACAGCAUCGUUUGAUGGCACUAUAAAAGUCUGGGAUAUAAACACGUUAACAGCAGUGUACACUUCUCCUGGCAAUGAAGGGGUUAUUUAUUCGCUUUCAUGGGCUCCUGGUGGUUUAAAUUGUAUUGCCGGAGCAACUUCUCGAAAUGGUGCUUUUAUCUGGGAUGUUCAUAAGGGCAAAAUAAUACAACGAUUUAAUGAGCAUGGAAAAAAUGGAAUAUUCUGCAUUGCCUGGAGUCAUAAAGAUUCCAAAAGAAUAGCCACUUGCAGUGGAGAUGGUUUCUGUAUUAUCCGAACAAUUGAUGGCAAAGUUCUACACAGAUACAAACAUCCAGCUGCAGUAUUUGGCUGUGAUUGGAGCCAGAACAACAAAAAUAUGAUAGCCACUGGCUGUGAAGAUAAAAACGUUCGCAUCUAUUACGCAGCCACCAGCUCUGACCAACCACUGAAAGUUUUUAGUGGACAUACAGCUAAAGUGUUUCAUGUAAAAUGGUCACCUCUGAGGGAAGGAAUUCUUUGUAGUGGUUCUGAUGAUGGUUCUGUUCGAAUCUGGGAUUAUACUCAAGAUGUUUGCAUAAGUAUUCUUAAUGGACACAGUGCACCUGUGAGGGGAUUAAUGUGGAAUACUGAGAUUCCCUAUCUACUAAUAUCUGGCAGCUGGGACUAUACUAUAAAAGUAUGGGACACUCGGGAAGGAACUUGUUUGGAUACUGUGUGUGAUCACGGUGCAGAUGUAUAUGGCUUAACAUGUCACCCAAGUCGUCCCUUCACUAUGGCCUCUUGCUCCCGUGAUUCCACAGUGAGACUCUGGUCAUUGACAUCUUUAAUCACUCCUUUACAAAUAAACGUUGUGGCUGACAGAUCCUGGGAGGAAAUUAUCGGGAAUACUGAUCAUGCUCUUGAACAAGGCACUCCUCCUCUAUUGUGUGGGAAAGUGUCAAGAGAUAUUAAACAAGAAGUAGAAAAGCUAACUGGUAAUCCUCGAGCAAAAAAAUUAAGAUGGUUUUCAGAAUGUUUAUCACCUCCAGGUGGCAGUGACAAUUUAUGGAAUUUGGUUGCUGUGAUUAAAGGACAAGAUGAUAGCUUACUUCCCCAGAACUACUGCAAAGGAAUAAUGCAUUUGAAGCAUCUGAUUAAAUUUAAAACUUCUGAAGCUCAGGAGCUAACAACAGUGAAGAUGUCUAAAUUUGGUGGCGGUAUUGGGGCACCUACUAAAGAGGAAAGGCUAAAGGAAGCUGCUGAAAUACACUUGAGAUUAGGACAAAUCCAGAGAUACUGUGAACUUAUGGUUGAACUCGGAGAGUGGGACAAAGCACUGUCAAUUGCACCUGGGGUAUCAGUGAAAUACUGGAAGAACUUAAUGCAGAGGAGAGCUGACCAGCUAAUCCAGGAAGAUAAAGAUGAUGUCAUUCCAUACUGCAUAGCCAUUGGGGAUGUGAAAAAACUAGUCAACUUCUUUAUGUCAAGAGGUCAGCUCAAGGAAGCCUUACUUGUUGCACAGGCGGCAUGUGAGGGAAAUAUGCAAACGUUACAUCCUUCUGCAAACAAAGGAGCUUCAAAUUCGGAUGAUGUCUACAAGGAAGACUUUAAUGAACUCCUAUACAAAGUCAGUAAAGAGCUGGCAGAAUGGUAUUUUCAGGAUGGUCGAGCUGUAUUAGCUGCAUGUUGCCAUCUAGCUGUAGACAAUAUCGAGCUUGCUAUGGCAUACCUAAUCCGAGGAAAUGAACUGGAGUUGGCAGUCUGUGUGGGCACCGUGCUAGGUGAAUCUGCAUUACCAGCAACCCACUAUGCCCUAGAAUUGCUGGCAAGAAAAUGCAUGAUGAUUCCAAUAUGCUUUCCAUCUGUUGGAUACAGUUUCUCUUUUUACUAUAUGAACAGGAAUUUGGCAGCUGAUCUCCUCCUGAUGAUUCCUGACAGUGAACUGCAUUUAGUAAAACUCUGUGCUUUCUACCCAGGGUGUACUGAAGAAAUAAAUGAUCUCCAUAAAAAGUGCAAGCUACCCACAGUAGAGGAAUGUCUGCAAUUAGCUGAGGCAGCCCAUGCAGAUGGCAAUGUAUUUGAAACUAUAAAGUAUUACCUACUAAGUCAAGAGCCUGAGAAAGCUCUUCCUAUUGGUAUUGACUUUGUCAAAGAAUACAUCAGUAGUUCAAAUUGGACAUUGGACACCAUCUACCCUGCACUUGACCUACUGAGUUAUAUUCGAACUGAAAAGUUAAUCAUGCAUGCAUGUACCGAAGCUCGAAAUGAGUUAUUAAUACUAUGUGGUUAUAUUGGUGCAUUAUUGGCUAUCAGGAGACAGUACCAAAGCAUUGUUCCAGCACUUUAUGAAUACACAAGCCAGCUCUUAAAACGGCGAAUGGUGUCAGUACCUUUAAAACUUGAGCAUCUUUCUGAGGAACUGGAUGCAUGGAGAGCUUGCACACAGCUCAGCAACCAAUCAGAAGAUUCUUCAUACACACCUCCUUCUGAUUCUCAAAGAACAGUUUACGCAACUUUGCUGAAGAGACUGAAAGAAGAACCACUUGCAGGAAUUAUUGGACCAGAUUAUGUGACUGGAUCAAAUCUUCCCAGUCAUUCUGAUAUUCACAUCUCUUGUUUUACAGGAUUAAAAAUACAGGGCCCUGUAUAUUUCCUUGAAGAUGGAAAAUCGGCUAUCUCACUGAAUGAUGCUUUGAUGUGGGCAAAGGUGAAUCCAUUUUCACCUUUAGGAACUGGAAUACGACUCAAUCCAUUUUGA